AUGCAACCCAAUUUAUUUCAUUUCACUCUGUUUCUUCUUUUCUUGAUUGCUGGAGGUUCUUUUGCUCGUAAUUUUGGUGGUACGGCCUAUAGUGUUGCAGAAGGUGACAAGAAAGGAGUUGCCUCUCCUGAAAUGUCUACAGGGCCUAGAGGAGAGACUGGUUCAGGCCAUGGGCCUAACUGGGAUUAUAAUUGGGGAUGGGCUUCUACUCCAAAUGGAGGAUGGGGCUACGGAUCUGGUUCUGGUCGGUCGCCGAAUGGGUUCGGUAGGGGUUUCGGGUAUGGGUCUGGUUCGGGAACAGGGUCAGGCUCAGGGUAUGGUUAUGGGUCUGGAAGUGGUGGUGCUCAUGGUGGCGGAUAUGGUGCUGGAAGUGGUGGUGCCCAUGGUGGCGGAUAUGGUGCUGGCAGUGGGUUUGGUAAUUCUGCUGGUGGUGGCAGUGGUAGUGGUGGAGGAAGUGGUGGCUCGAGUGGCCACUGGACACACUCACCAUACUCUGGACAAAGAACCAACCAUGGGUGA